AUGGAUGAGGCUUCUGAUGAUGAUGGGCAUUUCGGAUGGUCGGACCGAUGUUUGCGUGAUGAGGUUGUUGUGUGUUUGGGACAUAUUACCGAUGAUGGAAAGGACAUCAUUCAGCAUGUAAGAUCUUUGGAGAUUCUGGAUAAGAAGAAAGUAAAGUUUAUGUUGGAUACUGUAUGGCCAGCAGAUACGGAAAGUUUUGUACGUAAGUGCGAAGAGGUAUUAGGUCGGUUAGAUUGGAUAGAGGAGGUUGAGAUUACGGUGAAUCCAAGUGUUUAUGGACCAGGAAUGGGUGAGGAUCUCGACGGGAUCCGCAGCGUAAUUUUGGUGACGUCAUGCAAGGGAGGCGUGGGAAAAAGCACGGUGGCCGCGAAUCUGGCUGUCUUACUGGCUCAGCGAGGAGCAAGAGUGGGUAUUUGUGACUUGGAUAUCUACGGACCUAGUGUCCCACUUUUGUUCCCACAGAUAUCGGGCCCUGUCCUCAUGGAAGACGGAUUGCUGAAGCCUUUGGUUACGUCUUCCGUCCCGUUGUUUUAUAGCAAGUCGUCUUCUUGUGCGGUAGAGAACCAUUACAAUAAUGUGGGUGCGUUUCCUCGUCGUGCUUUCUCCAGCGUUUUUAACAAGAGCCCUUUGUUCCGCUUGCCUCUCGAAACACCUCGUCCAUUGAAGGUUAUGUCCUCUGGGUUUCUGCGACGAGAACACAUUGCUAUGAAGGGACCCAUGGCGUGCGAGCUCGCGCAGCAGCUACUGCUCAACACCGCCUGGGGCCACCUGGACUACUUGGUCGUAGACAUGCCCCCAGGUACUGGAGACCUUCCCUUGAGCAUUGCAGAGAUGGUGCCCUCUGCGUCCUAUGUAUUGGUUACUACUCCCCACGAUCUCAGCGUGGCUGAUACCUUAAAGGGCCACCAGCUCUUUGUCGAGAUGGGGCUCGACUGCGUAGGUCUGGUCAUUAACCAAAUGGGAACCAACCGAACGGGACGCAUCAAUAGACAAGGUGCAUUAACGACCAGCGUGCCCACUAUGGACCAGGCUAUUCAUGCCCUCAGAAAGAACUUAGGCGACGAUAUACCCGUGUGCCUAAUGCCGAAUGAAAAUCAAGAAAUGAGCAUUCGGGAAUUCUAUUUUGAUGAGGACACACUCCCGACGGAGAACCGACCGAUAGGGAGAAACACACCGAUAGGGCCCAUUACACUGGCCUGGUAUAAAGGAGCGGGCUGGACCACUUCGUUGAUGAAUUUGAAGGAAUUUGUGAAACAUGUUGUUGCCUUGAUUUCUGAACGUAAGGAGUGCGUGGGAGAUAAGUCCCCUUUGCCGUCAGUAGUUUUUGAAAGUUGCUAUGAGAUGGUAGUCAACUUAGGUUCCAAGUCAUGUCGGCUCUCUGCGAUGAAGUUGCGACGCGCGUGCAAGUGCGCCGAUUGUGUGGUCGAGCUACCCAAGUUUGCCGCUGAAGACGUUACGCUGAAGUCGAUCGUAUCGGUAACACCCAAGGGAAUACACCUUGAAUUCCACGACGGACACAAGGCGUACCUGCGCUUCGAACACGUGCUACCCGAGGACAUGCUCACCCCCAAUCCGGAGCAGUGCUCCCAAGCAAGUUCCGCCGUGCUGCCAGGACCUCAAGCCGACUGGUAA